GGGAAAUCAGGGAGAGAUGGAUGGUCAGUUUCCUCUGUCUGACAUUGGCCCUUUCUGAACAGUACAGAACUUGAUCUCUUCCCUUCUGAUAAUCUGAUAAACCUAUUUUAUCAUACAAUUUGUGUUAAAAAAAAGUGUGACUUUCCCCAAAGUCUCUUUAGGGUGAUUUCUCCCCUUCUUAGUGGUCUAUCUCAGCCUCCUGGUUUCAGUCAAUCGGUGUGCACAAAUGGACAUUUGGAUUCUGGCCCUACCCACUCUAGUUCAGAGUGGUUAUCGUCUUCAGCUGAUGAGGAUGCAAAGUUAGGCUGGGGACCAGGUUUUCAGUGUGUUUUCUAGAAAGCUGUGAGUGCAUCGACAUAACCACAACAAGUAAGAUCACAAGUCUUUCGGAUUCAAAUUCCUUCAUAAAAACAUCUUCAAAUGGAAACAACUGUGCUGAGCUCCAGCUAGUCAUUUUUACAAAUUGACUCUAGAAAGACUGGCUAAAAUGUUUACAUGUGCAACUUUUGAAAAGUCCUCUGACAUAACCGAAAAAGCUACUGUAUCUGAAAACAAUCUUCCCUACUAAUAAGAGCAUCACAACCCUUUUCACCUCUGCCUUCUGUGGACACUUCAAGCAAGGUCCAAAUCAACAGGAGCAGACAAGACAAGGACUUCACAUCCACGGACCUACAGCCCACCUCCCAGUGACAGAACCCUGAUGACAAACAAGGGUCCAGCUCUACCAUGAAAUCCCCCUCAUUUAGCCUCAGGCUCUUCCUCCUCAUCUGCCUGGCCCCUCUACUGUUCUUUCUGGUGAGACAGGGGAGUGAGGGUGGGUGGGGUCCAAACUCUGACAGAAGCCACAACAACAUCACCAUCCUGCUGUGGCACUGGCCCUUUGGCCCCUCCUACAAUUUGGAGGGAGACGUGUGCUGGAACCGGUACCGUAUCCCUGACUGCCGCCUGGUGGACCAGCGCUCUCUCUACCCCAGUGCUGACCUGGUGGUCUUCCACCACAGAGAGCUGAUGAACGGCCAGGAGCGGCUGCCCCUCCACCUUCACCGGCCAAGGCACCAGAAGUGGGUCUGGCUCUCUCUGGAGUCCCCUGACAACAACAGAUACCUGAACUCCUUCAAUAACGUGUUCAACUGGACCAUGUCCUACCGCCGCGAUGCCGAUAUCACCAUACCCUAUGGUAAGCUGCUGCUGAAGGACUGUGAUACUGGUAAUAAUAGCACAGAAGACAUCAUUCCCAAAAAUAAGUCCAUUCUGGCCUGCUGGGUUGUUAGUCACUAUGAGCCUCAGCACAGAAGGAGCUUGGUGUACAAGAGCCUGAAAAGAAGCAUCCCAGUGGAGGUGUAUGGUCGCUUGAGAGGGAGUGUUUUGGCCUCCAUCGACCUGCUGCCCACCAUCUCAAGCUGCUACUUCUACCUGUCCUUCGAGAACUCCAUCGCCAAGGAUUACAUCACUGAGAAGCUCUGGCGGAAUGCUUACCAGGCAGGGGCGGUGCCUGUGGUUCUGGGUCCACCUCCAGAUGACUACAUGGCCGUGGCCCCCCCCAACUCCUUCAUCCACGUUGAGGACUUUCCAUCCACCAAGGAGCUGGGGAACUAUCUCCGCCAGCUGCAACUGGACAAGGAGAGAUAUGCUGGGUACUUUGCAUGGCGGCAUAGCUAUCAGGUGAAAGUUUAUACAGACUGGAGGGAGAGGCUGUGUAGCAUCUGCCCCCAGUAUCACAGCCUGCCUGCUCAGAAGGUUUACCAUGACCUGGAAGCCUGGGUCAGGAAGUGAAACCACACCCAUGGUUCACUUUGGCAGCUCCUCAGACUUUCUGCAUCCUAAAUAGCACCCGUUUCACUAUGCAGGUCCUUACAUUUGACCAGGGCUCAUAGGGCCUGGUCAAAAGUAGUGCACUAUACAAGGGGAGUGACUUUUAGGACACCUUUUAAAAAUGUGACGGUGGUCUUCUCUAGGACCAGCUCUUUUCACAUAUAUGGACAUUUCAGCAAUAAACCACCUCCCCACACAACUAAUGUGUGAGAAAUGGAAAGUGGUUGAGCAUUUAUGGGUGAUCUGUGUUACACAUGCAGCAUUUAUACACACAAUAGCAUAUUCACUAACUGUUGUUACGACACAGGUUGGCAUGGAAAAUAAAAAAUAUUUAAUUGUG